AUGGGGAUCGGUCACGUCCUGCUGCUGCUCAUGUACUUAGACCCGCUGUGCGUAAUGGGUUCAGUGAAAAAAACCAACAAGCCCGCGACGCGCAAACCCCCUAGGACCACCACGCUCGCGCUCGGUUCCACCGCCACCAGCACCACGGUUACCCCGCGGACGCCCCCGGCCAGCACGCACGACACCUGCCUGGGCUACUACGACGUGAGCGGGCAGUACGACAAGAUGUUCGAAUGCAACAACACCGACCACCGCUACUGCUGCGGGACGUGCUUCCUGCGCUUCUGCUGCGAGUACAAGAAGGACCGACUCAACCAGCGUGCGUGCGACAACUACCAGUCCCCCAAGUGGGUGCAGACGGCCGCCCCUUCGCCCGUGCCCACCGGGGACACGUACGACCCCAGCAUGGACCAGACCAACACGGCGGUCUACAUCACGUGCGGGGUGAUAGCCUUCAUCAUCGUGCUCGGGGUGUCUGUGAAAGUGGCCUACGACAAAGCCACGGAGCCGCCGCAGGAGAUGAACAUACACAGGGCUCUGGCAGACAUCCUGAGGCAGCAAGGGCCCAUCCCCAUCUCCCAGUACGACUGUGAGAACUUCGCUGCCAUGAACGGCUCCCCCAAAGACAACACUCCGGUGCGAACGUCAUCCAAGAACCACUACACUCCUGUGCAUGGCAAGUCCAACCACGGUCUUCACUACGGGAAGGAGAGUGUGCGCAGCAGCGGAGGAGCUGACCUGCACAACUUCAUCUCGUCAGGCUUCGUCACGCUGGGUCGCGGCCACCAGAAAGCGACGCCGCGUUGGCAUUUGCCGGGCCGCUAUGUGCCCGUUGUCGUAUCAUCGGGACGACAAACGAGGAAGAUGAAGACUUAUGAAAUGUGGGUGUUGGGGGAUGGAAGGAGGCCUGGGGGGAGGACAGUGGAGAACAGGGGGAGGAGCCCAGAAGCAGAGCAGAAUGAGAAGAGCCGGCUGACUCUGCGCAGGGACCAGAGCGAGCAAGGACCACAACGAGCAGAGCCAGGCGCAGCUGACCCUGUCUCGUUUGUUUCAGCUGCGCUGAGCCUGGGGGUCUGUGGAGGAGACACGGGCCCCUGGAGGCUCUCUGUGGAGGACCGGAGAGCAGGAGACAGGCUGCUGUGGAGGCCCUCCAGACUGCGCGAUGUCUCCAGUGUAGAGGGACUCUGCAUGGGCUCACAGACACACACUGACUGGGGAAAUGUCUGA